CCUCACAUGAUGACAAAACACAUGUUUGUUCACUAUUUUGUGUUCUGCUCCUUCGCAUGACACCAAAUUAUCCAAUGCUAAUUCGAUGGCUAUAUAUUUACCCUUUUUGAUUUUAUUGCCGAGCAAUUUUUUCUCUCUCUAUAUAUAUGCAUAAAUCAGUAGUAACGGUUAACCACUUCAUAGUUCAAUUUCAGUGGAGCUCUAAAGUUUCCUUCAGUUUCGACCUUACUGCCUUUUGCGAACAGAGGUUGUGAAGGAAAAGACAAUAUUGAAGACAGUAAGCCAUCUGAAGUGAUGUUAAAGAAUGAAUGUUCAGCUGCAACUAAUACAAUGUAAAUUGGUGUGUUCCAGGAAAAGAACCAGCUUUGUGGUGAGUGGAAUGGACCAUAUACCUACUCGUCAAGCACUUGACUGUCCCAAGAAAGAAGUUGGACAUAAAAGCCUUAAUACCACCGAAAUACCUGACAUAAACUUGGAGCUUCCAGCUCCUACCGACAAGUUGGAACCAACUUCUUCCAGAACUCAAAGUUUGGAUAGAAGAUUGUUCCUUGACCUUAACGAGCAGCCAAGUCCAUUGAAAGCUGAUAUUUGCCCUGCGACGCUGCUCGAUGAGGAACCUGGUAGCAGAUGGGUCAAGCGCCUCAAAUUGAGUGCUUCUAGAUUCCUUUCUGUUGGAACAAAGAGCUCUAACCUUUCAGCGAAGUCAUCUCAUGAGAAAGCAAACAAGUCCCAUAGCAAAAUUUCUAGAGCUACCACAACUGGCUCAGAACUCGCAGCUGGUAAAUUUCAUGGUGAAGAAUUGGUGGCUCAUGAUAGAAAUCUAGCCUUAGCAAGGAACUCUGAUGAGCAAGAUUUAUUGACUUCACUGUCUUGGGUUCAAAGGUGGCUUCAUAAUAGAUCUGUCACUGCACAAAAGAGGCCUCAAUCAAUGGUGGUUUGUGAGCCUCAAUGCUCAAAGUUGGAACUUGGUGAUUUCCAGAAGAAACAUUCCCCAAGCAUUGCUGCCAUGGCCCUCAUGGGAAAGGCAAUAACUUGUUUUCAACCAUGUGAAUUCCAAAAAAGAGGCCCCUAUGUAGUUUGGAAAACAGUAGUUUCUGCAGAAACUCAUAGCAGCAACAGUUACUGUGCUUCAGAUUAGUCCUCCAGGCUAUGCAUGAUGAGGAGAAAAGUGCUCUGGCUUAAUAAGUGAUCAUGCAAUCAAUUGCAUGUUGGAGCUUAGUAUCGAUUUAUUGGUGCUAGUAAGUACAUAGCUUGUUUUAGAUUUGGCUUCUUUUGUCUGCUUAGACGGGAUUAUCUUUGUAUAUACCCAGUAUGAUGAGAAUCCAGACACCUUGUUUCUUGAACAGGCCAUUCAUCUGGCUGCUUUCAUCAGUGCAUGCGAGGGAUCUAGAUGCUGUGGCAGUUACGUUCUAAAGCAGUUUGGUAUUUUCUAUUUGGCUAGUAGGCAAUGAGAUCACUGUACAAUGUUCGUCGUAGUGGCUGAGAUUCAGUUCAUUGGACAGUUGAACCAUGCCAGCUUUACUUUGUUGAAGGCACUGAGUGACCGCCUGCUCCUCCUCUGUUCAGCUUGUAGCAAGUUUCUCCCAGAUUGGAAAUCAACCAAUAAUGAGCCAAAUCUGUUUUACUAGAUAAGUAGUUCUCUUCUCAUUUUUCAUCCCAUGUUUUAGUUGUUUGUAAUUGUUCUUGCCCUUUUCACGGUAUGCAUCUUUUCAUUAUCAUGUUGCAUUCUCUCUACUUGCUUAUAGCUUGGGCAUUUUGGUGAGUGCAACAUGGCCGACUGCUUGAAGAAACCUGGAAUAUUAAAUCUUGAAAACAUGCAGGUAGUAUAAACUGAAGACUUAAAAUA